ACCUGGGGCUUCCUGGUAAUCAUCUCCCGUCGUUGGUGCGUGCUCUCCGACGCCGUAAAUCCUCCUCAUUUCCUCUGUUUCUUCGCUUUUUCUUCUUUGUUUACAUUAAUUUUUUUUCAGUUUUAAGUGUUGAAGUGAAUUAAUGGAAUUCGAGAUUAGUCUUAAGCCGUGUACAAUAAGCCGAUGCUCUGGAUUCAAUAAUGAAGGCAGCAUGGUUAUGUGCACGGAGAUUGAAUCCUCAGAGUCGUCAUGUCUGCUCCCUCUGAUCCCUCUUCAAUGGGUUUUAAUGAUUUGGGGGCCUGGAUUAGACUCACAUUUUAGGCACUUAUCGAUUUUUCCUGGUGAAUUCGAUCGGACUUUUGAUUUCGCCUUUCAAAUUUGCAGAAUGAAUCUCGUUUUCAUGGUGGCGGACCGGUAAUGGCCGCUCCGUCAUUGCAAAAUGGAACUCAUGUUAGGCUUCUAGGGUUUGAUCUGUUAAAUCUCACCAUGAAUCCAACAGAUCAGACCUUUUCCGAUCGCAAUGGAGUUAGAUUCUCGCGAGUUGAGUGCGUCGGAGUUGUCGUGAGCCGGGAGUUCAAGCCGGGAAGGUUUCUGAGGCUCGUGAUCGACGACUCCACCGGCUGCAUCCCCUGCGUGCUGUGGCUCAACCAGUUGUCGUCUCCCUACUUUUCGCGUCGGAGCCUCCCGGAUGUUCGUGCGGUCGCUUCUAUUGCGGCGAAGUUCUCUGAGGAGGCCCAGAUUGGUGUCCUUGCUAGAAUCCGCGGCAGGAUCACCGGAUUCCGGGGAGAGGUUCAGAUUACGGUGGCGGACGUUUUUGUCGAAAGAGAUCCAAACUUUGAGAUUCUGCAUUGGUUGGAUUGUGUGAGAUUGUCACGUAAUUGUUACCCUAAAAAAGAUUCAAACUUGGUCUAAUGAAUAUCAUGUUGCAAGUGGGGAAAAAUGGGAACUUAAAAUUAACCAAAACAGAGGAAAUAAGCAAACUGUUAAAUGUGCUUAAUUGUAAUGUGAGACGGCGGAAUGCUGAACGGAGAUGCUAGAGGAUUACGGUCGUUGGGGAAGUAGUGGAACGGGUAGACAAAGAAAGAAUGGGAAGGAGAUGAUUAGGUAGGAUUUAGGGUUUCUCACCAGAUAGGAACUUAUGGAGAAUUAGAAUUAGAGUAGCCAAAAGGCUUGGUGCCUCAAAGGUUUUUUGUAGUGUGUUUAGUUUGGUUGGAAUCCU